AUGGCCAAUUGUUUGCAGGUAGACGAUGGAAGCGAGGCGAUCCCCAUGGCUAGUUGGGAAGCUGAGGCCAUUCAUGACUACGGCAAAGCGUACGCGCGUAAAUACUCCGAUUUUAGAGACGAUCAAGCGACGGUUUGGACGAGCAUGUACGAGAAAAAUCUCGGUCGGAAAGUCAGUAGACUACCUCCGUGGGAAGUUUCUCAAACUGGGCGAAAAGAGAGCUCGGAAAGACACUUUGGAGACCCGGACAAGAGGGAUUUUGCUUCGAUCCAUUUAGAAAGGGCUGCUCACUCUGGUGUGCUUGGACAGAAAAAACGCAUCCCUCGUGCGAAGAAAAAAGAGAAAAAAUCGAGGAAUGGUUCGGAUUCGAGCAAAGAUAGAGAAGUGGAGCAGAAAAUCAAGGAUGGAAAUGCGGGGACAUCAUCUUUGGGAGAACAGGAUGAUGCAAUGAAAGCACAAUAA